UCGGUUCGAACUAGAGCUAGAGACAGUUGGGUCCGGGGUCGGGGGCCGGGGGCCGGGGAGGAGCGCGGAGGCAAAUUCAAGAGCGGAUGCUUUGAAACUGGAAGAGAAGGCAGAGUCGAGCGGAGCUUCGGCAGCUGCUGCACUCUGCCACGAUGCGGAGCGAAGAACGACACGCCCAAUGGAAGUCCCUGGUGCCAAUUCUCUACGACUGGCUCGCCAAUCACAGCCUCGUCUGGCCGUCUCUCUCCUGCAGAUGGGGACCUCAGCUCGAGCAGGGAUCCUUCAAAUCGCGCCAGCGAAUAUACCUCACUGAGCAGACUGAUGGUUCGUGUCCAAAUACUUUGGUUGUUUUCAACUGUGAAGUUAUUAAGCCUCGAGCUGCCGCAGCUGAGCAUAUAUUUCAGUUCAGUGAGGAGGCCCGAUCGCCGUUCGUGAAGAAGCACAAGACAAUAAUUCAUCCUGGUGAGGUGAACAGGAUAAGAGAGCUUCCUCAAAACAGCAAGAUAGUGGCAACUCACACUGAUAGUCCAGAGGUCUACAUCUGGAACCUAGAGACACAACCGAAUAGGGCCGCUCUUCUCGGUGCAAACCAUUCACGCCCCGAUCUGGUUUUAACAGGCCAUACUGGCAAUGCGGAAUUUGCUCUCGCAUUAAGUCCGACGUCACCCCAUGUUCUAUCAGGAGGGAAAGAUGCGAGGGUCAUACUUUGGAGCAUUGAGGACCAAAUUACAGCCGGGAAGGAUAAUGGUUCACCCAGUAAAUCUGCUACAUCAUCUGGUGCAAGGCCAAUUUGUAAUAGUGGAGGAUCGGCUUCUACUUCUGAAAAACCAACGAGCACAUCUCCCUCGGAGAUCGGACCACAAGGGAUCUUCGUCGGCCAUACGGCAACAGUAGAGGACGUCCAGUUUCGCCCCUCAAGUUCGCAGGAGUUUUGCAGUGUUGGUGACGAUUCUUCGCUUAUACUCUGGGAUGCUCGUGCAGGGACAACUCCUGCAAAUAGGGUAGAAAGAGCACAUGAUGCAGACCUUCAUUGCGUGGACUGGAAUUUCCACAAUGAAAAUCAUCUACUGACAGGUUCAGCUGAUACUUCAAUCAAUCUGUUCGACUAUCGAAAGCUGUCAGCGAAUGGCCGUGGUUUACCAGUCGAGACCUUUCGUGGACAUUCUGCCGCUGUUUUGUGCGUACAGUGGUGUCCAGACCGGGCGUCGGUAUUUGGGAGUUCAGCAGAGGAUGGUCUUUUGAAUAUCUGGGAUGCUGAUAAGGUGAAUAAAGCAGAAGAAGAAACCUACAGGAGAAUGAAGGGGCAUUCUCCUCCUCCUGGGCUAUUUUUCCAGCAUGCUGGACACAGGGAUAAGGUGGUCGAUUUUCAUUGGGAUCCUUGUGAUCCAUGGACAGUGCUGAGCGUUUCAGAUGAUUGUGAUACUCCUAACGGCGGAGGAACGCUGCAAAUAUGGAGAAUGAGUGACAUGAUCUAUCGACCUGAGGAUGAGGUGUUAGCGGAAGUUGGAAGCGCUUUUUCUCAACCUACCAGUCAUUCCGCAGCCACUGGUGCUUAGUCCACUCAACUCAAGCACUAUCUACAUUUCAGGCCUUUCACAGUUUUAGUGACCAAUUCCUCGAAGAUCAAGACUGCACACUUUAACGACUCGGCAGAGAUUCAGAGGUCAACUUCCUGUGCAUGCUAUGACGAGGAUGUCUCAGGACAAGACGUCCGUACAUAUGCGCCAAGCGAAGACUCGUGCAUCUGUGAUUGUCAGAGCAUAGAGCAUUUUGUUGGUAGUAGAACUUCAGAAGACCAACACGCGUCAUAGAUUUGACUUACGGCAGCUCGUAUGAAUGACGGACUCACAACUGAGAAAUGAGGGGUGUAGGACAUUGUCUGGGCAAAGGACUGCCUGGUGCCCAUGUGUAGGUUUUGUACUGUGAUCAGAGAGGUUUUACGGACUCCUACGUGCAGAAAGUACAAAUUGGGAUUUUCUUUGGAGAUUCGUUUGUGCUCUGGCUCAUACACUUGUCUGCUCGAAUGGCGAGAAUCAGCAUCUUGAUAGAUGUACUAGUUCUGUCCUAAAGGUCUGAGCUCGGUGGGGUCCAUCCUGUGAGAACAUGUCAGAGCGAUAAAAGGUUUUAGACCUGGACAAGCGACGUGGUAUGUGGAUGGCACCCUUCGAAACAGGAGCAGAGGUAGAGGACCACGAGCUUCACGCACGAGACAAGAAAGGGCCUAUGUGUAACAAGUCUAUGAAUCCAUGCUUGCACCGUACCUCUGACCACGUUCUUAGCUUUGCCAGGUACGCUCUGGUUCUAUCAGCAGUGCGAAAGUUGUCCUGCUUGCAGCUCUGUCGUUAUACUGCGUCGUCCUUACACGUGAUCAAACUAUGGAUGUGCUCUUCUAAGCGGUUUUCAAAUAUUCACGGCCUGUUUGGAAUGGAGCGGUGAAUUGCUGCUGCGACUGUUUUAUUGGCACAAGCUGGAAACUGUAGCACGUAAAGUACGGGGUUUUAAUGAUAUAUCGGUGUCAGUGGCGGGGAUGCCACCCCACCAGUUACAGUUGUGG